CAGCUUUCGGAUUUAAAAUCACACAUCAGUGAACGUGACGGAAGAAUGAAGAAAUGUAAAGAGGAUGCAGAGACACACACCUGAGCCCUGUGUAAAAAUCUGAGGAGUGAGAUGAUACCAGAGCCCUCAGCCACAGCUGCAUCCAGGCCCUCAGAGCAGAAUAAGAGCUCCCAUGAUGAGGCAAACUCCUCUGGUGCUGUCAAUCAUUCAGAGGAUGAGUCGGGGAAUGAGAAUAGACGAAAAAGUGUGAGAAGAAGGAAAAGAGCACAUAAGGGCUCAGAGAAUGUCAAACGCAAAAGUGCCAGAGCCAGCCGCAGCAGUGUUAACAGAGCAGGAGGCAGCCACAGCAAAAGGAGGCAUGUGGAGGCCGUCACCCUGUUUGAGGUGAUCACCAUGGGCAGGAGUGCCAUGCAGGCGGUGAUAGAUGACUGGGUUGAGGCGUAUGUGACGGACAGAGACUCCUCUCUCCUUGAUCUCAUCAGCUUCUUCAUCCAGUGCUCUGGGUGCAAAGGCGUGGUCACAGCAGAGAUGUGUCAGAGCAAAGAGGACAGUGAUGUGAUGAGUAAGAUGGUCGAGGAGCUGGACGAGGUCGCCAGUCUGCAGUACAAGAAGUUUCUGGCCUUUCCAUGGAUCCUCACAGUCACAUGGCCCAUGGACACGGAAAGUGUGGAGUAUCCUCUCACACAGUCUGGCCCGUACGGUCGCUGGUUCCACUCUGAGUUCUGCGAGUUCGUGUCGGUGCUGGUGGCUCAGUGUCAGCGCAGCAUCAUCUUUGACGGUUACCUGAUGAACACACUGAUCUCACUGCUCACAGAGCUGUCCGAUUCUUACGUACGAGCCUUCCGACACACCUGCACGCUCGCAGCGAUGAAGCUGCUGAGCUCUCUGGUGGGCGUGGCUCUGAGUCUGAGUGUCGGGAUUGAAAACAGUCAAAAACUGUACAAGGUGCAGAAGACAAAGACCAUGAGGCAGAAAAGCACACCGCAGCUGGAGAGAGUACAGAAGAAGAUCACAGAGCUGCAGGAGAAGAGGGUGGAGAUAGAGAGCAUGAUGGAUAUCAUCUUCAAAGGAGUUUUUCUCAAGAGAUAUCGUGAUGUUCUUCCAGAAAUCCGUUCUAUCUGUGUGGAGGAGUUGGGUCUGUGGAUGAAGCUCUACAGUUCUGCUUUUCUCAAUGACAGCUACCUCAAAUACAUGGGCUGGAUGAUGAACGACAAAAUACCAGAUGUGCGUCUCAAGUGUGUGUUAGGUUUGCAGGGUUUGUAUGGAGAUCCUCUGCUUCUCCCCAAACUAGACCUGUUCACCAGCCGUUUCAAGGAGCGGAUGAUCUCCAUGACGCUGGAUAAGGACAAUGAAGUGGCAGUGCAGACCAUGAAACUACUGGUUCUCAUCUCCAAAACAUCUGAUGAUGUGCUCAGUCCAGAGGACUACAAGCAGCUCCUCCAGUUUGUUUACUCUUCACAGCGACCUCUCGCAGCCACCGCAGGGGAGCUGCUCUUCUCAAGGAUUCUCAACACUGUAGCUCCUGCAGCUGAUACUCAGGAUGAACUAAAUGAGGAGGAGGCACAUAAACAGCAAACAUAUGCCAGACUGAAGGCUCUGUUGCAGUUCUACCAGCAGUCUGAGCUGCACAAACAUGUGGUGUACCUGGUGGACGGUCUGUGGGACUGUGCCGGAGCUCUGCUGAAGGACUGGGCCGCGCUCACAUCCAUACUGCUGCAGGACCCUUCCUCACACGGUCCAGGUCUUACACUGGCAGAACAAGCAGUGCUUGUAGAGGUCCUGGUGGCGUCGGUGCGUCAGGCCUCAGAGGGACCAGCCCUGCCCGGGAGGAGUGGAGCAAAGAAGGCAAUGAGCGCCAGAGAAAAGAAAAUUCAGAGUGAUGACUGUGCGAAGCUGACUGAACAUCUCCUCGUGGUGCUUCCAAAGUUACUGUCCAAGUUUUCCAGUAGCCGGGACAUUGUUGCUUCCCUGAUGAGGAUUCCUCAGUACUUCCUCCCCGAGUGUCCUGAGGCUGAAAACUCACAGGCAGUGUCCAGCCUGGUGGCAGGGAUGGGAGCUGUUUUGGACCUCCACUCAGGCCCCGCUGUUCUGGAGGCAGCGGCCCGCUCGUACCUCAGUCUGUGUGCGGAGGAGACGACCUGGUGCUCUAUGGCCCGGGCUGCCAGAGACUCUCUGGUCCAGACCUGGGUGGACCAACUGUCAGUCCUGCUGGAGGACUCACUGAAGGUGAGGUGCACCGUUUCACUGUGUGGCCAGAAGUAUGGUGACUGUUUCUCUGCUGAUGAGGAGAAAACUAAAGAAAUUUUACUGGUGCUGAAGAAGCUCAGAGCUUUCCACAACUGUCACAACCUCUCUCAGUGGAGUCUGUUUGAGCUGCUCUCUCCUCUCCUGUCAGCGGAGAGCAGCCAGGGAGGAGCACCACCUGAGGUGCUGCUGGAAGUUCUGCAGUGUCUCUGUUACUUCACACUCUGGUCUCUCAACACGAGCGGCGAAGCUCUCACUUCCAGAGAGAAGGCUGUGGCCCAGAGGCUGCAGCUGCGUCUGUUCUGUGAGAGGAGUCACCGCUGUCUCUCCCACUCUGACCACGGUGUGCGGCAGCAGGCUUUUCUGGGUGUGUGCGAUGUCCUGACGGCUCAUUCCUACCAGCUACAUGUGUGGGACCCCACCUCCUUCGGCCCGCUGCUCUACACACCUAGUCCCAAACUGCAGAGGGCGCUGUUGACCUUCGUAUGCAUGCAGGUCUUUGUUGGCCCGGACUGUGACGGCCAGAGCAGGGUGAGUGAAAACUCUGAGGUGGAGAAGCUGGAGGACCUUCACAAGCGAAGAAACCUGCUCGCGGCCUUCUGCAAACUGAUAGUGCACGGCGUGCUGGAGAUGAGCAUGGCAGCAGAGGUCUUCAUGUACUACAUGAAGUAUUAUAACGACUUUGGAGACAUCAUCAAGGAGACGAUGUACAGGACCAGACAGAUAGAUAAGAUAGAGAGUUCUCGCACACUGGUGCUCUGUUUGCAGCAGCUGUUUGUGCGUCUUAAAAAGGAGCAGGAGAGCGGUGGUAGGGCUCACCCAGGGGUCCAGACCUUCACCAGCAUCAAGGAGCUGGCUCGGCGCUUUGCUCUUACCUUUGGUGACCUUGUCAAGUUUCGUGAGUGCGUCGUCGUGAUCCACAGGAACGGGAUAGAGUUUGUGUUCCAAGAGUUUAGCCAGACCCCAGAAACACCUACACCACUGUACCUCUCCUACCUGACCAUCCUCAGUGAGUUCUCCAGCAAACUGCUCAAACCAGACAAGAAGACGGUGUUCUCCUACCUGCAGAAGCACACUGCGGAGCACAUUAUUGACCUCAGAGAGGAGUGCUGGCAGCCACUUAUCUACUAUCGUGCUUCGCUACUGGCUGCAGCUGAAGGGGAGGACGCUGUGUCCUAUGUUAGCUCUGACAGGAAACCCCACCUGCCCAAUCGCUCGCCUUUCUCCAAACAAAAAUUAGAAGGAAGCAAGUCCCCCUGUCCGUUCAGCCCCACUGACUCCAAAGUCAGUAAAGGUCACAGGUCAAACUUCAGUCCAAGCCAUCAGGAGAGGACAACUGAUAUCGAUCCGUUUUCUGUUCCACUGGAACCUGCUGCAAGAAGACUGAACAUCGAGGGAUCUGUCCUCAGCAUGAGCAACGAGGUGGACGAUGACACCGUGGAGAUUGAACUUUAAAUAUGAGGAUCUGGGGAACACAAGUCCUCCUGUAUGAACGGUAAGACCUCACUGGACGUCACAAACUCUUAGAGACGGUUUCCUUUUUUUUCUUUGCACCUUCUAACUGGCGCUGUCUGUGUUCAGAUGUUCAGACAUCCCAGCGACCAGUUUUUGUAUUAUUCUCCAAGAAAAGUUUCUUGAAUGUGCUGUAUGUUACGUUUUUUAAGCGGAAACAAGCUUUAAGGAGAAGUGUGGGGAUGUUCUAUAUUUUUCUUAGUCAGCAAAUACCCCCAAAAAAAGACCAAAACCAACAAUUAAUUGAUGCUUCUAACAAGUAUUCAAGCCUUACUGUUGCGCUGGGUGACAUGUUCCCUCAUUACCAGAAACAUGUUUGAGUCACUCCCACAUACAUGGUCCUGAUCUCAUUCUCAUUUGAGCACCAAAUGUGGAUUAAUCCACCACUGAAAAUAGUCCCCAGCAAAUGCACUAUUUACUCAUAAAGCUAACACAUAUAAUAACUAAUAAACUAAAAGCUAAAAGUGCCCAGCUGUUUUGGGGAACAACUUUGCCUUUUCAAAACGUGUUACUAUAUAUUUCUGAUUCAUUUUUAAGAUUUAAACAUGAUCAAAAAGAUCUUCAGCAGGUGCAGAUGGGCUUGGGUCUGAGCACCAUAGAAGGGUAGAGAAGUGGUCGGUUUUAGUCUUUUCAUGGAGUAUUUUAAAAAUAAGAAAUGUAUAGAAUACCACCAGCCUUACUCUUGAAAUAAUUUCAGAUUAUGGUAUAAUUUAUUCACAGACCACUUUGAGGACAAAGUGUAUAAGUAUGUGUAUUAUUUUUUUAUUUUUUUAUUCACAGCUUUACUGUAGACUGUACUUGAAUGUUACAGGUCACACUAGAUGAUCGAUCUUUUAUAUUUUCUUUUGGAUCACACUCAGGUCCAAGAUUUAUCUUAGUAUCAUCUGGGGUUAAUUAAGAAAUAUCCUUUACUGUCCUACCUGCCAGUUUAUUAUUGCUCCUCAUAGGAAAUGGUUGGCUUGAAGUUACCCAAACACUACUUAUGUAUGUAACUACUUAUGCUGUAAAUUAACUUAAAUAAAAAAAAAUCCAAGCGAGUACAUUUUUCCAAGA